GAGGAAGAGUAAGACAAGGUUCCCCUGCAGAGAUGAGAUUGUGGGAAAGGGCUUCUGCGAUCUUGAAAGACAAUAACAGUAUUUGUCUUGCAAAGCUAUCAAGAAGAACCUCUUUUCGAAACCCAGAUCUUGAAUCGGCUCUUAUCAAAGCCACCAGCCAUGAUGAAUUAUCUGUCGAUUAUAAGAAUACACAGAGAGUCUUUGCUUGGGUACGUACCUCUUCCUCUUUCAUCAAACCCUUUAUCUGGGCUCUUACGAAACGAAUGGAGAAGACUCGAAGCUGGAUUGUUGUGAUCAAGGGUUUAAUGCUCUUACAUGGAAUCUUUUGCUGUAAUGUUCCAGCUCUUAGAAGGAUUGGUCGAUUACCAUUUGAUCUUUCUAAUUUUACAGAUGGUCAUUCAAAAUCUGCGCAAUCUUGGGGGUUUAAUGCUUUUGUUCGUGCUUAUUUUGCUUAUCUUGAUAAGAGAUCUUUCUUCUUAAGCUGUGAUGCACCUCUUGAUGAUCUAAAAGAUGAGAAAGAUGUAGAUGUGUCUAUGGUGAAAGUGCUUGUUGAAUUGCAAAGAUUGCAGACAUUGCUGGAUAUGCUUAUCCAGAUUAAGCCUCGUGCAGCUGGGAUGAAUGUUUGUCUCAUUCUUGAAGCUAUGGAUUGCAUUGUUAUUGAGAUCUUCGAUAUUUAUAGCAGAACGUGUCGUGGUAUCGCUGGAGUUCUUCUAGGAAUUUUUAAUGCUGGUAAGGUAGAGGCUUCUAUGGCUCUUCGUGUUCUGCAGAAGGCGGCAUCACAAGGAGAAGAACUCUCUUUGUAUUUUGAGUUCUGUAAAGAUUUUGGGGUUCUUAAUGCAUCUGAAUUCCCCAGAGUUGAGCAGAUCCCAGAAGAAGAUAUUCGAGUUCUCGAGCAAAUGAUAAAUGGAAAAGUUUCAGAGAAGAAGAUCAAUGAAAGCUACAAUGGCGAUGAGAAAGCUAUCGUACCGGUAGAUAAUCCAUCCGCUGAAAAACAGGAGGAUCUAGAUAAUACGUCGAAGACCAUAGUAACCCAGAAUUGGGUUGUCUUUGAUGAUGAAUUCAAGGCCAAAGAAGGUGCAGAUGAAUUCUCAUUUUUUGGGGUAGAUGGAGUUCGAAAGACAACAAAUUAUAUAGAUCCUUUUGCAGCUUCUUUAAAUUGUCCUCCUCUUUUGAGUGGUAAUAACAGUGGUUCUACCAUUGUAUCAUCAAAUGGUUUCCUGGAGUUGGAGCAUUACUUCAACCCAAUUCCAGCAGCUGCUUCAACUGUUGGAAACCAGAGUAACUGGAUUGUCCCUCUUUGAGGAGAAACAGAGUUCUUUUUUUUUCCUCAUUUUGUUUCUUGUGGGAUUUAAUGUACUUUUAUACAACAAAAGGUGAAAACUUGAGUUAUAAUUUGUAAUUGAUAGGUUAUGUUGAA